AGAAAUGAGAAGUAGGCCUACUAUUAAUGAAAGAGCCGUUCAAGGACCCGCAUACACAUUUCUCUCUUGUGGAAAAACGUCCAAACUUUCUCACGUGACUUGUCAGAGUUUGAUCCCUCCCUCACUGGACUCACAAUAGCGCGCUGGUGCACCUCCACGCGCAUGCAUUUGCUUGAGUGGAAGCCGUACUCGGUCUAACAUUAGUUUUGGUUUUAGUUCACUCUUAAAAUACAGUUUUUUAGUAACUCAUUCUAUUCGCAGAAGCAUUUGUCCACACAAAGGAAGGAGAAAGAUGAUAUUUUUCUGCUUUUUCUAAAUGGAAAUAACGUGCGCGCGUGAAACUUUGGCUCACUUUUCUGCUCUGUGAAUGUCAGACCCGUUUCGUUGGAAAAAUGCCGGAGCGAAUAAGCAUUUCGGACUUUGUGGUGCUGACAAACGAGGAUUUGUCUUCUCCUGGAACUUCCAGUUUUCAGUCCAAAAUGAGCGACUGUAGAAACACAGUUUCAGCCGUGGAGGAGUGUCUGGAGAUGGAUAACACAACUCUACAGAGACUGAAGAAGAUGAUCAAAGCAAUACACACUUCUGGACUCUCUCAUGUGGAAAGCAAGGAGCAGUAUAUAGAGGUGCUGGAGAACCUGGGGAAUAGCCACCUGACCCAGGACAACAAUGAAAUCUCCACAGGCUUCCUCAACUUGGCUGUGUUCACCAGAGAGGUCACAGCCCUCUUCAAAAAUCUGGUGCAAAACCUCAACAACAUCAUGGCAUUUCCUCUGGAAAAUGUUCUGAAGUCUGAACUCCGAGACAGCAGAUUAGAACUCAAGAAACACAUGGAGAAGAGCUGGAAAGAUUACGACAUAAAAUUGGUAAAACUGGAGAAGGAAAGGAAGGAAAAGAACAAGCAGCUGGGGAUGAUCAGGACAGAAGGACUGGAUGGAGGGGAGGACAUGGAGCGCGAAAGAAGGAUCUUCCAGCUGCAAAUGUGUGAGUAUCUUUUGAAGAUCCAGGAACUUAAAGUGCGUCAGGGCCCUGAUCUACUGCAGAGCCUCAUCAAAUAUUUCCAGGCUCAGCUCAGUUUUUUCCAGGAUGGCUUGAAAGCUGCAGAGAAUCUUACCCCCUUCAUUGAGAAACUUGCCUCUUCCAUUCACACGAUGCGUCUGGAGCAGGAUGAGGAGGUAAAACAAGUCACUCAGCUAAGGGACUCACUAAGAUUACUUCUGCAAGCAGAUGGGAAAGAGGACUACUUGAACAGAAAAAACUCUGGCAACGGGUACAGCAUCCACCAACCGCAGGGAAACAAAAAGUAUGGGACAGAGAAAUCUGGCUUCCUCUUCAAGAAAAGUGAUGGGAUAAGGAAGGUUUGGCAGAAGAGGAAGUGUGGUGUUAAAUUUGGAUGCUUGACUAUUUCCCACAGUACGAUCAAUCGGCCACCAGCCAAGUUAAACCUCCUGACCUGUCAGGUGCGACCAGACCCUGACGACAGGAGGACCUUUGACCUGGUCACUCAUAACCGGACAUAUCAUUUCCAGGCCGAGGACGAGCAGGAAUGUACAAUUUGGGUGUCCGUGCUGCAGAAUAGUAAGGAGGAGGCUUUGAACACAGCAUUAGGAGGAGAUCAACUUCACCUUCAGGAUAGUGGGCUCCAGGAGCUUUCUCAGUCCAUUAUUGCAGAGCUUCGACACAUGCCAGGGAACGAGGCGUGUGCAGACUGUGGAGCUCCAGACCCAACGUGGCUGUCCACCAACCUGGGAAUCCUGACAUGUAUAGAAUGUUCCGGCAUCCACAGAGAUCUAGGAGUCCAUUACUCCAGGAUUCAGUCACUUACUCUUGACUUGCUGAGCACCUCUGAACUACUGUUGGCUGUCAGCAUUGGCAACACCAGAUUCAAUGACACCAUGGAGGCAGGCCUCCCAAAUGACUCUGUCAAGCCAUUACCACAAAGUGAUAUGAAUGCCAGGAAGGAGUACAUUGUGGCAAAGUAUGCUGAACGUCGGUAUGUCCUGCGCAGAGAAGAAGCUUGUCCAGGUCGGCUGUAUGAUGCAGUGAGAAGCCACGACCUUACUUUACUUCUGCAGCUCUACGCUGAGGGAGCAGACUUGGCCAAGCCACUCAGGUUCCCUGAGGGGCAGGGGGUCAAAGAGACAGCUCUCCAUCUCGCCGUGCGUCUGGAGGAGAGAAAAUCUCUGGCGCUGGUGGACUUCCUCUGUCAGAACAGCAACUGUCUGGAGAAGAAAACCACAGAAGGGAACACAGCUCUUCACUACAGUGUCCUCUAUCACAAACCUGAAUCUCUCAAGCUACUGCUCAAAGCCAAGGCAGCUCUUCACAUAGUAAAUUCCAAUGGAGAAACGGCUCUUGACGUUGCUCGAAGGCUGCAGCACUCAUACUGCAUCGAGCUGUUGGAGCUGGCCCAGAAUGGGAAGUUUAACUCUCAGAUCCAUGUGGAGUUCACAUGGGAGACGCAUUCUCAGGAGUUCUAUGACAGUGAGGAUGACCUUGAUGACAGGGUGAGCCCAUUACCAAAAAAUCGUUCUCCACCAUCAAAUGGAAGUGGGCCAACUUCCUUUGCCCGCUGGACUGGGAGUAAUGGUGCUACUUCAAGCAGCAGACCUUGCCAAACUUACGAGAAUCUAGAUUUCAGAAAUCCUCAAGCCUGCAGUGCCCCCUCUGAAACAUUAAUGCCACCACCAUUGCCAGCUAAGUCCAUCCAAAGAGGGCGCUCAGACCCCCAGAUUUCAGCCACAGCUCAGGAAGGACACCUCCUGCCACGACGCUGCUGUAACUCAGCCUCCAACUCAACCAGUCCUCAGACACGAACAAAACACAGCUCUGCUUCUUUUAAUACAGAGAACCAAGGCCAGAUUGGGAGAGCACCUAGGUCCCCACAUGGACAAGGGUGUCUGCAGAGGGCACACAGGCUGACCUGGGAUGGCCCGGCCAGCACUAGUUCUGGGUCUCAAAGUAGUUUCACACCAGUAUCCUCCCAGAAUCCCAUAGGACCUGUCAGUUCAGAGAAGACCACGUCAUAUCGUCGCACCAGCAGUGGAGGAGGCAGCCAGGGAAAGUGUAGUGCUUUGGCACAGAGCGCUGUGGGAAGCCAGGAGGAGCUCUACUGCAGCUUAGUGGGGACUAGUCCACCUCUCAUCCCAGCUCCUGCACCAGUGCCUGCUCCAGCCCCUUCAUCCUCGCCUACUGUGAGCUGUGCCCCACGAACACGCAGAAACGCUAUGUUUUCUGGCAGCCGGCCACAGAAGCGUGUCAAGGCUUUGGUGGACUGCCGAGCAGUCAGCAAAGAGCAACUUGCGUUUUUCAAAGAUGAAGUCAUUGUGGUCACAGCCACUAAUGACCCCCACUGGUGGGUUGGCCACAUAGAAGGGGAACCGUCCAGGAGUGGGACCUUUCCUGUCAACUAUGUGCAUAGACUAACAGACUGAGGAAAGUCUACUUCUGAAACAGGAAUUUUUGUCACAGAAUGGAAUUUAUCGACAGGACUAGACUUGUUUUUCUGGAUCUAACUCAUUUAAGCAAACUUAGACUAUUUCCACAUGAGGUGAGGAUCUGCUGGCCAAGGGACAUCAGAAUAUGGAAAAGACUCUUUUAUUUGUUUGCUCCUAUUUAAACAUUUACUCAUCCUGGAAAGCAACAAAGACACUUAAAGCUUUCAUUUCUUGUCAUAAACCUUGAAGAACAAUUCAAAGGUACAGAGUUUGUGGGUGUGGUAUAGCUUGCCCUACUGUCCAUGUAACCAUUAAUCACUAAUUUCUGCAGCAUAUAUUUAAGUUGUUAGUACAGAUAUAGGCCAAAUAUAUAAGCAGGGCAAAACCCUCAAGGCACUUUAAACUCAGAAGAAGCUUCUUAAAAGUUGACUGAGCUGUAAAUAUUUACUUUGCCAGCUGCUGAAUAGGAAGUGCUUGUUGCUUUGAGUGGGACAAUAUCUAAAAUUUUAAAUCCCAGUGUCCUGAAACUUAUGAGGUCUGCUGCCGGCUGCACUAGGAUGUGCCUGCCAGUCUGUCUCCAACAAAACGCCAGGCGUCUGUGCAGUCCAGCGAGAGAUCUGAAACUUUGGCCAUCACGAGUCUGGAUAUAACUCACUGACUGCAUGGAGAGUGGAGGAUCCAGUUUCUACUGGCUCCAGGCAUCAGUCUCUGGAGAACUUGGAAUAAUGACGGUGUGUUAGGGAGGGGGGAAAAAAAGACUGACCUACCAGGAAAUGGCACUUAAAGAGGGGCUGUUGGUAUUAGCUCCCUGCAGUAAUUUGUUCAAUGAACAAACGCUUAUUACUCUAGGUCCUUUUAUUUUUUCAAUGCCAGAUAAACAUGAGCACACUUGCACUCAAGAAAGCUGCCAGGAUUCAGGGGCCUUAAUGGGAGAAAGUAUUUUGGGAGAGGUAUCACUGUUACACUCUUAUAUCAGAAACUAAUAUCCAAAUGUAACACAUUUCACUGCUAUACAGUUUUUUGUACAUAUAUGUUUAAACAUGUUUUCCCCCACAUUGUUAAAUAUAAAAGACAGUAUUACUUGUUACCAAUUUGAUGUCCUUUGAUUUGAUAUCAUAUGUUCUGUACAUUUAAGUCAUUGUCUAAAUGGUUGUCAGACAAAAGUGAAGGGAGCAGACAGAGUUGCAUGUUUGUUCAGGGGAUCCAUCUCACUAAACAGAAGAAUACUGACAGGGAUAAAAUGAGGCAGGUUUUCUUCCUUGUAAUCAUGUAGGUAGGAAAGGAGUCUGUUUGCUCAUCACUGUUCUGUUAAUAUUUUCUGGUUACAGUGUUGAUGAUUAAGCAAAGAAGUCACAAGGUUUGCAGAGAUGUGAGGCAGCACGUGACUGCAUUAGAUCUGUGAGUGGAAACUUUUCGAAUGAACAUAAAUGAGCUCAUUUUAGUGAGUAUAUUUGUAACAUACACAUUAAACAUGUUUGAUUAAGGGUUAAACUUGAAUCUUUCUGGACUUGGCAUAAGUGUAUUAUGUAUACAAACCAAAAGACUUGAGUCAUUCACGCUCACUACAAGCAGACAUUGGUUAAAGGUAAGUGCCCAUUCCCA